CUGCCCCGGGUCGCUCGCUUUGGGGAGUGGGGGGCACAGGCACGUGUGAGGAGCCCCCCGCCCUGCAGUGGGGGGAGCCGGGCCGGGGGCGUUGACGUCAGGGGGAGUCCCCGCGGUUGGGGGGAAAGUGACAUCACGAAAAGGGGCAGUCCCGGCCCGGGGGUCCCGGCGGAGUGCACUUGGUGGGGGGAGUAUGUGGGGGGGCUCUGACGUUACACAGGGGAAUUCCAGAAAGUGGGGGGCAGGGGUGAUGUCACCAGGAGCCCCUCCCACGAGGCCGGGGCGGAGCCUCCGAGGCGGAACCGGGCGAGAGCGAAAGCGAAAGGGGCGGCGGGACACACGGUCCAAGACACGAUCAUGGCCAAGGCCUGCGCCCUGCGCCCCGCCGGGGGGGCCGCCAGGAAGGUGGCUGCCUUCCAGGAAGCCCUCUUCAAGGAGGCUGAAGAGUUCCUGGCCACGUUCCUACCCCAGAAAAUCCUGCAGCUGGACAAGCUCCUGAAGGACGAGGCUCUGAACGUGCAGGAUCUCUCCAGCCUCCGAGCCCCACUGGAGAUCCCCAUCCCUGACCCGCCCCCCAAGGAUGAGGAGGCCAGCACCAUGGAGACCGACAAGGAAGAGAAGAAAGAAGCCCCCAAGUGUGGGUUCCUGAAGGGCAAUGAAACCAUUGUGGCCCUGCUGGACCGGGUCAAGCCUGAGGUGCUGACACUCAAGGAGAAGUGCAUCCUGGUGGUCACUUGGAUCCAGUACCUGAUCCCCAAAAUCGAGGAUGGCAAUGAUUUUGGGGUGGCUGUGCAGGAGAAGGUGCUGGAACGGGUGACAGCUGUGAAAACCAAGGUCGAGGGCUUCCAGACGGCCAUUUCCAAGUACUUCUCUGAACGUGGAGAUGCCGUGGCCAAGGCCUCCAAGGAGACCCACGUGAUGGAUUACCGAACCCUGGUCCAUGAGCGUGACGAGGCAGCCUACAGAGACAUCCGAACCAUGGUGCUGGACAUUCGGGGCUUCUAUGCCGAGCUCUACCACAUCCUGUCGGAGAACCUGGAGAAGCUGACGAACCCCAAGGGGGAAGAGAAGCCGUCCAUGUAUUGAUGAUGCAGCGCGGCCACAGCUGCCCCCAUACCUGCCCCACAGUGGGUGGGAGAGGGAAGGGGCACAAGGUGGCAUUUACAGGCAAUGGAAAUAAAUGGUUUUCUCAGA